AUGGAAGGUGAGCGGGGGGAGCAGAAGGGGAGGGGCACGUCCGAGUCGCUGCCCCUCCUCCUCCUCCUCGGCCCAGCCCUCUUAUCGGGUGCGGAGUUUCCCCGGUCCACCCCAGGCAUGUUGACCGCGGCUUGGCUGUCGAGAGGCAGCUCCGGCGGCUGGGGGCUCCUGAGGAACGCGAGCCCGGGAAGGUCCUUGCGGGCCACCGUCGCCGCUGCAGUUGCUGGAGCCUCCGUGGCAGGGUUGGGAGGCGCGCGCCGCAGGGACCCUCGAGCCGCGCUCGCGGCCUCCUCGCUGAGCGGCCUCGCGCCCCCCUCCUCCUCCUCCUCCUCUCCGCUAGUGCGCCUGCGCCGGAGGAGCUCGGCGCCGUUGCUCGCCUCCACUACCUUGGUUCCCUCUUGUUGCCGCUGCUCUCGCUCCGACGGCGCUCCGCCUGGGUCUUCCGAGCAUGGAGCCCCCGGCAGGCCCGAACUGUAUGAAAAUCCCUGGACAAUUCCCAAUUUACUUUCAAUGGCGAGGAUUGGCUUGUCACCAGUUUUGGGUUACUUGAUAGUUGAGGAAAAUUUUAAUAUUGCAUUGGGCGUGUUUGCUCUGGCUGGCGUAACAGAUCUGCUCGAUGGCUUUAUUGCACGAAACUGGGCCAACCAGAAAUCUGCUCUGGGGAGUGCUCUGGACCCCCUGGCAGAUAAAAUUCUUAUCAGUAUCCUUUACAUUAGCCUGACCUAUGCAGAUCUUAUUCCAGUUCCUCUUACAUCUAUGAUCAUUUUGAGGGACAUUGCAUUAAUUGCUGCUGUUUUUUACGUACGAUACAGAACUCUUCCUCCACCAAGAACACUUAGUAGAUACUUCAAUCCAUGUUAUGCCACUGCACAGUUGAAACCAACAUUCAUCAGCAAGGUGAAUACAGUCACACAGCUUGUUUUAGUGGCAGCUUCUUUAGCAGCUCCAGUUUUCAAUUAUAUGGACAGUGUGUAUCUUCAGACAUUAUGGUGUAUCACAGCUGUCACAACCACAGCAUCUGCAUACAGUUACUAUCAUUACGGGCGAAAAACAGUUCAUGUGCUAAACAACAAAUGAAGUCUUGCAGAGCAACUGCUCACCUUCCAGUCGGUUAAUAUUGGGAAUGUUAACUGCACCAUUUUGGACUACAACUAUGGAGAAAGAACUAUUCUUUUGAUAACCUUGCCUCAGCAAAACCACAUCUUCACAGUGACGUUAAAAUGAAGUUUGGAUCAUGUAAAUACAGAAGACUUUUCAAUGCGAUUUUUCAAUUUGUUACAAAUAAAGUAUAAUUUUUUUACCGUAAUGUACUUACACACAUGUGAAGAUCCUUGCCUGGUAUUGUAUGUUUCUGUUCACUGCUUUUCAGAAAUUUGCACAUUUUUUAAAAAGCAUUCAGGGUUGUUGCAUUACACCCUUGAUGGAUCUGAACAAAAACAGAUCUGAAGGCUAAUUAAGGAGCACUUGGCACAAGCAAAGUCCAGCUGAGUUUCAUUGUAUUCAGCAUGUGAUCCAGUCAGAGCGAAUAGAUUAAGUCAGGGUCCAUUCUUUAAGAUUAUCUUUUGGCACAGUGUAAAGAUGCACAAAGUAGAGCCCUUAGCAUAUUACUUUGAAUAUCACAAUCUUCUGUAAACUUAAAGUAGAGCUUAUUUUUAAAUUGCAGCUGAUCAUUGCUGGGGCCAUUCAAAAUGAAACAUUGAGCACUUCCAUAGUCUGAUCCUCAGACUUGCAGUGCUCUUUUGUAAACAUUCAAGAAAAGGCAGUCGCAAUUGUUCCAAUCCAUGAUAUAUCACGAUAUUAUUGGGUAAACAUGCUAACAGAUCUUGAGAAUCAAAUCCCUGAUGUAACAAAGUAACUAUAAGCCUUUGUGGUAGGCCAAGUUUUAAUGUGCAGAAUUCUUAAAUGUAUUGGUAAAGGGAAAUAAUCUGGUAUAGCUUGGUGACUAAUAACACCACUGUGAAUUAGGAUAUGUCAAUUUUGAAUUUCAGAUUUUUGUAAGAUCUUGCUAGGUACACUCAGUCAGCCUUAGUCUUCCAAAAACCACCUGGGAAGAAUAGUGACUUGACUUAUAAGGGUUAAAAACAUGGAUGAAGCAUUUUAAACAAUAUAUUGCCUAAACGUCAAGCAUUGUUGCCUUAUCAAUAUGGAGAUGUGUUUGUUCUAAGACGUUUAAAUUCCAAAUCCUGUGCACAGGUGGAUUUUUAGGCUUGCGCUGAUGUCCUUUUUUAGUUGUCUUUGUGUCUCUGAACACCUUUCAGAUAAAGUGCUGACUGUGCUUUCCUCUCAGACAUUAAGAGUUACCUAUUACUGAAUAUUGUAUUAAGUCACAACAAUACAAGGAAAAACAAUGCUUUUGGUUGCUAAAAGUGUUGCAAGAAAUAGUGGGAUUUUUGGAGAUGACAUAUGGCCAGUGACACAUUGAUUUGUAAGAAAGCUGUUGCCAGGAAAGAUUUUAACAGGGCGAAUUAAAUUUAAUAAUCAGAGAAUACAAAUUUAAUCCCAGGGAUUGUACUGAAAAAUAGGAUCAUUGAUUUUUCUAGUUUCUGUAGUUCAUUAGGCAGUCACAUCAAAUAUAGGAAGCAGAUAGGCUAGUUUUUUGGUCUUAUUUGUGCCACUCUCAAGAACUGUGGAGAUCACUUUUUGAAUGUCUUAUUUAAAAAUUGAACAAAUUGUGCAUGGCAACUAUCAGGGGCCAGUGUGUAGGCAUGUAGGAUGUUUUGCAUGUGACAAGUGAGUUACUGAACUGUGUAGGGAUUCAUCUACAUGAUUUUGUGCAUGUUGCGUUAUGCUGCUACCUCCCCAAAAAUGAAGGCUUGUGGAAUCGAAUUGAGGGAAUUGACGUUAUCUCAGUGUAUAGGAACAAUUAAUAUAUUUUUUUAUAUUUAAACUUGUAUAAACUUUAUAAAGUGUGUAUUGAAAACACUGUUGUUUGAUAGCUCUAUGCAAAUCCUGGAUGCUGCAGAAUUGUGCUGCAGUAUAAAAAACAGUUUUCAUUUAAUAAAAACCUGUGAAAAGGGCUCCCCUCAUCUCCCACUUUCAAUUUUUCACUGCAAAAUAAAGCAUGGUAAUGAAGCCA